AUGAUAAUUUAUUUUGAUAGUGAUAAAAAUUAUACAGUAUCAAUUUUAGGUACUACAAAUUUAAAAGAAGCAGGUACUACUACUGUAGAAUCUAGAAGGUUAAUGUUGGAAAUUUAUUUACAACAAUUAUUUCAAAAUGAAAUAGUAAGAAAAAGUCAACAACUUAGAAAUUUCAUUGCAUCAGUUUCAAAUAAAGAAAAUAUUACUGAUAAUGAUAAUAUACAGGAUUUACAACAACAACAACAACAACAACAACAACAACAACAACAACAACAACAACAACAACAACUGAUCAAAUUACACCUGAUACGAAUUCCUCCUCAAAUUGAUUACUUUAAUAAAAACUUUUAUCAUAAAUUAAUUUAA